AUAUAACCAGGGUCCUGAGUGUUGAAGCAGAGAAAGAAGAUAAAGGAGAUAAGAGGCUGGAGAUUGUUAAAAGCAGCACCCAAGUUGGUGCCUCAUUCCUAGCAAAACCAUCCCUCAGAGUCUAGAGGGAGACGGUUAAAUCAUGAAACUAAUUGCCAUCCUUUUCCUCUGCUCCAGGCUGCUACCCAGCUUUACCCAGGAACCAGACUACCAGGAAAUUGACUGCAAUCACAAGGACGUAUUCCAGGCUGUGGACGCCGCUCUGAAGAAGUUCAACAGUAAUAACCAAAGUAGCAACCAGUUUGUAUUGGUCCGCAUCACUGAGGUCAACCAGACAAUUAAUAGUGACGCCUUUUAUUCUGUCAAGUAUGAAGUCAAGGAGGGUGACUGCCCUGUUCAGAGUGACAAAACCUGGCAGGAUUGUGACUACAAGGAUGCUGAGGAAGCUGCCACCGGAGAAUGCACAGCAAUUGUGGGGAAGAGAAGAAAUGACAGAUUCGCUGUGGCUGCCCAGACCUGCCACAUUAUUCCAGCGGGAGGCCCUGAGGUGACCACAGAGUAUGCCUGCCUGGGCUGUGUACACCCCAUUUCAACCAAGAGCCCUGAGCUAGAGUCCAUUCUGACACAUGGUAUCCAACACUUCAACAACAACACCAAGCAUGCCUACCUCUUUACUCUGGGAGAAGUGAGAAGAGCCGAAAGACAGGUGGUGAGGGGAUGGAACUAUGAAGUUGCCUACUCAAUUAUACAAACUAAUUGCUCCAAGGAGAAAUUUCUACUCUUAAGUUCAGAGUGCAAGUUCCUUCCGGACGGUGACACUGGUGAAUGUGUAGAUAAUGUGUAUGUGGAUCAUAAGGGAAGAAUCGAUUCCUUCUCACAAAACUGUGAAGUUUACCAAGGGGUGGAUUUUGUAGCGCCAUCUUCCAAGCUUUGCGCUGGCUGCCCCCGCCCCAUACCUGUGGACAACCUGGAGCUGCAGGAGGCGCUGACUCAUUCCAUUAGGAAGCUGAAUGCAGAGAACAAUGAAACUUUCUAUUUCAAGGUUGACACCGUGAAAAGUGCUACAGUACAGGUAGUGGCUGGGAAGAAAUUUGCUAUUGAGUUCAUAGCCAGCGAAACCACAUGUUCCAAAGAAAGCAAUCAAGAAUUAACUGAAAGCUGUGAGACCAAAAAACCUGGCCAACGUCUAACCUGCAAUGCUGAUGUCUUUGUGAUACCUUGGGAGAAUAAAAUCUACCCUACAGUCAACUGUCAAACAGUGGGAAAGAUGACAUUGAUGAAAAGGCCUCCAGGUUUUUCACCUUUCCGAACAGUACAAAUACAGAGAACAGAAGAAACAACUGACUCAGAUCUCAUUGAAGCUGUGAUGCCUACCAUGCCACCAGCUCCCUCAGAGAAUGAUGAUGAUUGGAUCCCAGAUAUCCUGAUAGAACCAGAUAGCCUUUCCUUUAAACUGAUACCUGAUUUACCAGAAACAACCUCCCCCAAAUGUCCUGGACGUCCCUGGAAGCCAGUUGAUAGAAAGAAUCCAAUCAUAGGCAACUAAAGUCCUGCGAGUAUAAGGGCCGACUCCCAAAGUCAGGGGCAGAGCCAACACCCAAGAGCGAGGUCUCUUGAGCGGAGGGCGGAGUCUUCACGCCUGGCACCGUAGCCCCCAGCAACCUCUGCCAACAGCCUUGAGUGGAGACAAGAAGAAACGUUGGAUCAAAUUUAAAUAGAGAAGAAUGUUGUUUUAUCACUGAAUUCCUGGGUGAAAUAAAGUUCAGACUUGGGUAAUUCA